CUGCUUUAUAAUAACAUGAGCACGCACACAUACAAAUACGCAUGCAUCUGUUUGGACUUAUUCCCGCAAAGCCCCAGGAGAGGAGGAGGAGGAGGAGGAGGAAGCCUUCUGGGCUUCGGGCUCCUAUGGCAACCUGGGCGAGGAGGCAACGCAGGGCAUUAUGACUCCUGCUCUGAUUAUGGUGUUGAUGAGGAUAAUGGGCACCUGUCACGGAGCAUGAGAGCGGCGGACGGGCAGCAGCCGGAGCCCAGGGCGGGCGCCUCGGGAAGCCGGGUCUAUGCGGAGUACAAUGGAGAGGGAAAGCAGCCCUGGAAGAAAUUCGUAUACGUUGAACCACCCAAGAGAGUCAAGGAGGUCCUUGAAGAAGAGCUUUGUUUUCGGAAGGAUGAGUGUAGAGUUAAACACCCUUCAGAAGUUGCUCUGGAAGGAAUUUGGAGCUUGAAAAGGAAUUUUCCUGUGGGAGGCUUCCAGCCAGCAUCGCAGAAUCAAAACAGCUUGUUUUUUCAGCCUAAGUACUACUCCAGACACACAGUCGUCAGAAGAUAAUCCCUUUGAAAAACUGUGUCUUCUCUGAUGAAACUGGAAGAAGCAAGGGAUGCCUACAGUUAUUUUUAUCCAAAUGGGGAGUACUAUAUUUUAGAAUAUAUACAAUAGCUUUUAAAAUAAAACCUGGAAGUUAUUCAUGCGAAA